AUGAUUCAUCCCUCUGCCCUCCAAUUUGCGGCCCUUGGGUUCUUGCUCUCCGUGGGUGAGGAGUCUGUGUUCACAGCUAGGUCAGUUGGGAGUCUCAGAAGUGAGAGAUUAGCCAAUCUGAUUGGGUGUUGCUGCGAAGGAGAUGAGAGGUUGCUGGUGGCCGAUUUUAUGCCCCAUGAAACUCUCGCUAAGCAUCUUUUUCACUGGGAUGCUCAACCAGUGAAAUGGGCCAUGGGAUUGAGGGUGGCUUUGCAUCUGACACAAGCUCUGGAGUACUGCAGCAGCAAAGGGCGUGCAUUGUAUCACGAUCUCAAUGCCUACAGGGUUUUAUUUGAUCAGGAUGGCAAUCCCAGACUAUCCUGCUUUGGCCUCAUGAAGAAUAGCAGGGAUGGCAAGAGUUACGGUACAAACUUAGCAUUCACUCCUCCGGAGUACCUGAGAACUGGUAGAGUGACACCAGAAAGUGUGGUUUACAGCUUUGGAAUGUUGUUGCUGGAUCUUCUGAGUGGAAAACAUAUACCCCUAGCACUUGAUCUAAUUCGUGGCAAGAAUUUUCUGAUGCUUAUGGAUUCUGCUCUAGAGGGUAAUUUUUCAAAUAAUCAAGAUCGUGGAAAGUUUGAAUGA